CAUUUUUAAUUAAAUUGAUUUUAAUAUACAUCUUGGACACUUUGAAGCAUAUGCAUGUGUAACCAGUUGUCAGUUAAUGCAUCAUCGAGCCAUGACACAUCGACUAUCAGAAUUUCGGAGCGAAACAAAGAUCUUAUUUAAAUCAUAUUAAUGAAUGUUAUUUAUGUCUCUGGGAAUAGUAAGGAAUAUUGAUCAAGACUCAAUAUAAGAACCAGUUAACCAAGACUCACUCAAAUCCUAGAACGAGUUAAUCAACGUCAUAUUGAAAACGAAAAUGGCGAUGGAAGAGCUGAAGACGAAAAUGAAUGAGACAUUUGGUGGAUUAAAACAUCUCAUGAAUGAAAAAAUGUCUGAAUUUGAGCUCACUGUGAGCAUCGUGGUUGGGAUAGGAGUUGCUGUAAUCACAUUUAUCAUCGUCAUGUUCUUUGGUGUAUGGAAAUUAAGGUCCAAAGUAUUACCAAGUCAGACAGGAGGCCCAAGAAAACCACGUUUUAGAAAAAGGGACAAAGUCAUGUUUUAUGGAAGAAAAAUGCUAAGGAAGGUCCAAAGCUUUACCAGAAAACUAGGACCGACCAACAGAGGAAAACUAAAGAAAAGACAGAUUGUAAUGAAGCUUGCCAAAAACUAUUCUGAGCUUCGACAGAAGACCUUGCGUUCGUUUAAUUUGCAAAAGUGGCUACUUCAGAUGAGAAGGGACUCCUCCCAACCCCUACUGAAGGUAAAAGAACCCCCUCAAUCCUUCCUAGAGCUAGAUACCUGUGAUAUUGACGACAGUGAACAGAGGCUUCCUUCAGAGGUCCUCUAUAUGCUUAGAAGUACAAGAAUUUUUGGACAUUUUGAAAAACCUUUAUUUUUGAAUCUGGUGAAACAUAUGGAGUCAAAGAUUCUGAGGUGUGGAGAGUACUUAUUUAGAAUUGGAGAUUUAGAUGACAGCAUAUAUGUAGUACAACAAGGUCAUAUAAACGUCAGUAUAUGUGAAUCGGAUGGCAGUAAUCACUUAGUAAAAGUGGUUUGUCCUGGAGACAGCAUCCAUAGUUUACUUAGUGUACUGGAUGUCCUUACAGGACAUCCAGCUCCUUAUAAGACUGUGUCAGCUCAAGCUGUAGAGGACUCCACUGUUCUCAAAUUGCCAGCCAUUGCGUUCCAGUCCAUGUUUGAGAGAUUUCCAGAGUCUCUGGUCCGCAUUGUUCAGAUUAUCAUGAUACGGCUACAGAGAGUAACCUUCACAGCUUUACAUAACUACCUUGGACUUUCUAGUGAGCUCAUCAGCUCAAUGACCCAGAAAGAGAUGAGGUCAUUGUCAGGUCGUUUCCAGACUAGUCCUCAUAAACAGCGUAGCGUCACCAGGGAUACCAGCUCACAAAGGGACAUAACUGAGGAAAAUGAGGACACACAGACACAAAAACAGCUGACCAAUGAGGUCAAGGACAAAGUAGACGGGGAGACCCGUGAUGAGACAGAUAGUGCCUUCACAGAUUUUGCUGCAGCUGCACAAAGAGCCAGAAUAAACAGUUUGGAUCUGGAGACCAGUAAAUCUCAGGAUGAACCAGUCAAGACCAUAGGUCACAUGCCAAGGUCACGUAACAAGAAGAUUUCAGACACAGGGAUGUACGUGUCCCAGACCAGUGUAGACACAAGUGAAGAGGAGGCUCUGGAGUGUGCCAGGAAAGAUCUCAUCAAGUUAAUGAACCUACAGGAUGAAUCACUUUUGGAUGGAAAGCUUACCUUGAGAAAAUUUAAAGCAGGGACCACAAUUCUUAGUCAAGGAGAUCAGGAUGCCAGUUUGUUGUUUUUGGUGGCAGGAACAUUGAAACUCCUCCAGCAUGUGGUUGGCAAAGAACAAAAGGAGGCUUUACUGUUCAAUGCGUAUCCUGGGGAGCUGGUAGGAGCCCUGGCUGUACUGACCGGGGAACCAUCAUUCUUUACCAUCAGGUGUAAAUAUGAGUGUAGAGUUGUCACCAUAUCCAAAGAGGACUUUUACAGCAUCAUGCAAGCCCAGCCCUCUGUUGUCCUAUCAGUUGCUCACACCUCUGUGGUUAGGAUGACCCCCUUUGUCAGACAGAUUGAUUUUGCUCUGGACUGGAUUCUCACAGAGGCAGGAAAAGCUCUUUUCAGACAAGGAGACACGUCAGACCACAUCUAUAUAGUCCUGACAGGUCGUCUGAGAUCAGUUAUAACUAAGGAGGAUGGGAAGAAGGAGCUGGUGGGGGAGUACGGUCGAGGGGAACUGGUGGGAAUCGUGGAGGUGCUGACAGAGGCCAAGAGGACCACCACUGUCAUGGCUGUCAGGGAUACAGAAUGUGCUAAAUUACCAGCAGAAUUGUUGAAUCUGAUCAAACGUAAAUACCCUCAGAUUGUGACACGACUUAUACACCUACUGGGCGAGCGUCUUCUUGGACAGCUGCAAAAGUCCUCAGGACUCAAUUCAUUUCCAAUAGCAGACCCUGUUAUGAAAGAAGAGACCUCGGUUGGUAACUUAGCUACUGUGGCUGUCCUGCCCAUCAGCAAAGACGUCCAGAUCACAAGCUUUACUCUAGAGUUACAGCAUGCUUUACAGGCCAUAGGUUCAACUAUGAGACUUACUAGUGACAUUGUAAAGAACAACCUAGGAACUGCAGCUCUAGACAGUGUGAAUGAGUUUCGGUUGUUGAACUGGUUAGGACAACAGGAGGAUAUACACCGGAUGACCCUGUACCAAUGUGACUAUACCCUCACUAAGUGGACCAAGAACUGUAUCCGCCAGGCCGACUGUAUCCUCAUUGUGGGGCUCUUUGAGGGGGACCCAGCUGUCAGUGAGAUUGAGAAGCAGAUAGAAAAUAUGGCUGUCAGGGCACAAAAAGAAUUGGUCUUACUUCACAGAGAAGAUGCAGAGACACCUACACGGACGGUGGAAUGGCUGAAUGCUAGAGGAUGGCUGUCGUCUCACCACCACAUCAAAUGUCCAAAACGUGUUCUUACCAAGAGAUCUGAAGCCAAAAUUAUUGAGCUGUAUCAGAAACAUAUGGAAACCAAACCAGACAGAAUGACAGACUUUUCAAGGCUGGCUCGAUUUUUAACAGGAACUUCUAUUGGUGUAGUACUUGGUGGGGGUGGAGCAAGGGGUCUCUCACAUGUUGGUAUGUUGAGAGCUUUAGUUGAGGCACAGAUUCCGGUGGACAUGGUGGGGGGAACCAGUAUGGGGGCUUUCAUAGGAGCUUUGUAUGGAGAUGCCAUCAACUUAAAUAGCUUUUCACAGAGAGCAAGGGACUGGUCCAUUGGUAUGACGUCUCUUUGGAAGAAGAUUUUGGAUAUAACAUACCCAGUCACUUCAAUGUUCACAGGGAAAGCCUUCAAUGACAGCAUAGAGGAGGUGUUUGGACACAGACAAAUUGAGGACCUAUGGAUACCCUACUUUUGUAUCACCACUGAUAUCUCAAACUCUUCCAUGAAGGCCCAUACUCAUGGCAGCCUUUGGAGAUAUGUCAGGGCCAGCAUGUCCUUGUCUGGUUACCUGCCCCCACUCUGUGACCCGAUGGAUGGGCACUUGCUGUUGGAUGGUGGAUACAUCAAUAAUCUUCCUGCUGAUGUAAUGAAAGCUAAAGGAGCCAGGAAUAUAUUUGCUAUGGAUGUAGGGAGUAUUGAUGAAACUGACCUCACAAAUUAUGGGGAUCAGUUAUCUGGUUGGUGGUUACUAUGGAAACGAUGGAAUCCUUGGGCUUCUGCCAUCAAGGUGCCAGAUAUGGCGGAGAUUCAGACCAGACUGGCUUAUGUUUCUGGUGUAAGGCAGCUGGAAAUGGUCAAAAACAGUGACUUCUGUGAAUAUAUCAGGCCACCUAUUGACAAGUAUGGCACUCUACAGUUUGGAAGCUUUGAUGAAAUCAAUGAGGUUGGCUACAAUCAUGGUAAAACCUUACUAUCGGGGUGGAUCAAAGGGGGCCUGAUUGAUGAACUCUUUAAAGACAAGCAUUCUGCUCAUUCCUCUAAAUGUAGCAUCCACAAAGCUCAGACAUAUAUGCCUGCCAUGGCCAAGUUUACAGAUUUAGCGGAGUUAGUGUCACAGAUAGAGAAACCUAAACAAACAAAGAGGGCCAGCUUCUAUGGAGAGAAUGAUGAAGAUUAUGAGGACGAGUCAGAUGAUUCGCUCUCUGAUGAAGUGCUUAUUGAAGAGGAUGAAGAGGAAGUAGAAAAUGAAGAAGUAGCCAAACCAGUCUUUAAACCAGAAAGGAAAUCAUCCAACCAAGCCUCACAUGUCACAGAGCUUCCAAGUGCCAUCAGAAGGAAAAGUUCUGGGGGGAAAUUUGUGACCUACAAAUUGGACAAGUAAAUCAGAGAUCUCCAGGGACAGAUUGACUGUGAUAAGAAUUUUUCUGUGAUAAAAAAAUUCAAAAUCCAAGUAACAACAAGAGUGUUCCGGAGCAUAACACUGGUUUUAUUGAACAUCUUUAAUUGAUCACUUAUAUUGAAUGAUAUCUUAAAGUACAGUAAAAAACUCAGUUAUUGGGGAAAAUCCCCAAUAUUUCUUCCUUUAGUAUAACCAAGAUUUUUUUAAUCAGUAUAAGAAACAUGAUGAAAAUUCUUUCAAAGGAUUUUGUAGGUAAAAAAGUUCCGUAUUCAUAAAUGAGAUUGCUUUCUAAACAAGUUCUUUAUUACUGAGUUUUACUGUACGGACCAAGAUCUAAUGCGGGUCUCUUAAACGCAGUGACAUUAAAGGGUUAGAUGUUCUGAUAUUGUUUUAUCUGUGCUUUAUCGUUUGCAGUGCUGUGUAAUAAAAUGUCAAUGCUAUAGUGUGCCUCUUGUUCUGCAAAGUCCAGUUUACAACCUUAAGUGUUCCUGUCAAUGUGUAUGCUCCAAAAUAUCAAUGCAAAUUAUACCAACUGUGUAUCUGUGUGUGAUGAAAGUUUUUGUAAUGGAUUUAUUAAUUUUGAUUUGUUAAGGUUAUUCACAUGUUUGUUUCUUUAUAGAUUGUAAGUAUUGAUAAAGUGUUUACCUUUACUAAAUAAUUUUAAACCAGAUCUUAUCAUUGACUUCCAGUAUCUAUUAAAAUGAUUGAUUACAGUAUUAAAUCUACAUGGGACAAAUCAAUGGCAUUUUAUAUAUAUACAGAAUAUCUACUUUGUGAUGGUAAUUUUUUUCAUUUUUUCUUCCCUCAUGCACAUGGUUAAAAGAUCCAACAUGGGUUAAAGUAUAGCUGCAGAACUGUACCUAUACAAAUUUAUAUAUAUUGACAGGCUGGAGAGCUACAGUGCCAUGCAUCGAAAAAAGUGUAUAUUUAUUGUGCACAAAAAGUGCUUAUUUUCUAGAUUUUUUUCUCCACAUUUUUCAAAAUGCCAUCUGAAAUAUUACCUAUUACAUGU